CCAGACAGCGCCGGCUUGGAGUUUCUGUAAUGCGGCUGUGGGUUGAUCACAAGUAGAGAGAGAACAGCAAGAGAAGAAGUUAUUUGCACAGCAAAUCUUGCAGGACCCAGAGGACGCCAUGUUUUCCCUGUCAGAGCUAGCGCCUCUGAAUCAGCAUCAGAACAGGUCUAAACUGCUGAAGCCCUGGUGGGAGGUCUUUAUGGACUACCUGGUGGUCCUGAUGUUGAUGACAUCUGUCCUGGCUUGUACGGAGCAGCUGUCCAGGGACCGAGUAGUGUGCAUUCCUUUGGAUUCAACUACAAACACUAGUGAUCACAGUCACUCAAAAAGUGCCAGUGUGGGACUGUCUCCAUCGUCACAGCCUCAAAUACACCACGCACACAAAAUCGGCCCAAAUCUUCACUCUGCACCUCGGGGUCGGCGCACGCACUUGGUGUACCAGCAGUACAUUUAUAUUAGCCAGGUGUGCUACCAUGAAGCUUUGCCUUUGUCCUCCCGCUUCUUCCCUUACAUGGCCUUGCUUCAGUCCCUCGUCCUGGUAGCCAGUGGCUCCUUCUGGCUCCACUUUCCCCACACCUCAUCCCGCAUAGAGCAGUUCCUAUCCAUCUUGGCAAAGUGCUGUGAGUCACCCUGGACAUCUCAGGCCCUGUCUCAUGCCGCCCGCCAAGAGAGCAUCCAGGAGAUGGUGGAGGAGGGAAGACGAGCACAACAACCACACCACCGAACUUCCACUUCCCCGACAGUGACCCACACAAGACACUCGAGCAUAGACUCGGGCACAGACAGCCCACUUUUAAAGAGGAUAGACAGCGCAUUUGCCACCCCUCCAUCCCCUUGUCCCUCCACACUGUCCUGUAACUCCACUGUGUCUUGUGUAUCUCUUGACUCCCGGGAGCAACUUCCUUCUUCCAGCCCAUCAGUAAUGGCUGACAGCCACAGCCAGGUAAUCAGUCUGGAUAAAAGUGAUGGGGAACAGGCGAGGGCGCUGUUUGAAAGGCUCAGGAAGUUUAGGUCCCACUGUGAAAGCUCAGCUGUCAUUUGUAAGGUCUACUUGGCUCAGACAGUUUUCAAACUCCUGAUUGUAACACUGAUUAUGAGUUACACAGUCCCUCUUCUCGGCUCCCUGUCCUUCAACCACACCUGUCACCCUGAGGAGUGGGCCCUGGUGGGCUACGCCACCUUCGAGUGUAUCCACGUGCUCUCCUCACUUCUCCGCAAACUGCUGGCGGCCUACCUGACCUUACUGGGCCUGUAUGGUCUGCUUAAUUUUUACACUCUCACCUGGAUUUUAAGCAGCUCUCUGCAGCAAUAUUCCUUCCAUUCACUGAAAGAGCUGAGCUCCCUGAGAGAUUUUCCUGAUCUGAAGAACGACCUGGCCUUUCUUAUACACAUGUUAGACCAGUACGACCCUCUGCUGGUCCAGCGUCUCUUUGUGUUUUUGUCGCCUGUCAGUGAGAGCAGGCUGCUGGAGGAAAGCUUAGAGAGGCGCUGGGGGGAGGAGAAGCUGCACGCCAUGAUCAGCGUGGAUGCAGACGGCCGCUCCAGGCUGCAGCUGGUGGCCCUGCCUCGCCUUCCUCCAGCCCUCUUCACUCUCAGCCAGCUUCAGGUCCUCAAACUGGAGCUCAUCGCAGACACCAGGUUUACUGCACACAUGACCAGCAUGACCUCACUCAGGGAGCUGCACCUCUACCACUGCACAGCAACUGUGGAUCCCAGCGCGCUUGCCUUUCUCCAGGAACGUCUAGAAGUCCUUCAGCUUACCUUUACUCAGGCAUCAGAGAUCCCCAGCUGGGUCCUGUCCUUGCGAGGCCUUCAUGAGCUUCACCUCUCUGGUCGCUUAGCCAGUGACGGUGGGGUGGGCCGUAGCUGGGCACUGGGGAGCCUACGCCAGUUGCGACACCUACGUGUGCUGGUGAUUCGAGGCAUGUUGCAGCGGAUCCCCGGUGAGCUCUGUGAGGUGGCAAGCAACUUGGUGAGACUGGAGAUCCAGAAUGAGGGCACGAGGCUGCUUGUGCUGAUGGGCCUGAAGCGGAUGGUUUACCUGACAGAGCUGCAUCUGCAGGAUUGCCAGCUGGAGCGUUUACCCUCUGCUCUGUUAGCACUGACCAACCUCCGGGUGCUUGACCUGCAGCACAAUAACCUGAUGACUCUGGAGGAGCUGCUUAGUCUGGCUCACCUUCGUCGUCUCUCUUGUCUUAGACUUGCUUACAACCGUGUUUUGGUACUGCCGGCCAGCGUGGGUGUGCUUAGAGGCCUCGAGCUCUUGGAUCUGUCAAACAACCAGCUCCAGAGCAUUCCUCCAGCGCUCUUCACUCUUCGACGCCUUCGGAGGCUCCUGCUUGCCGGUAACCUGCUGGAGGAGCUCCCUGCUGAGGUGAAGGCACUGCAGCUGCUCACAGAGUUGGACCUCAGUGGGAACAGGUUGGAGAGGCUACCCACUGAGCUUUUCAAUUGCUGUUUGGAGUUGCGCACCCUGAAUAUGUCUCACAACUCUCUUAGCUUCUUACCCAGAGAGAUUGCAGCUCUAAGUCAACUGUGCAGGCUGGACUUGCGCAGCAACAAUCUGGAAGAACUGCCUGCUGAACUGGGCUGCUGCUCAGGGCUGCAUGGAGGUGGUCUCCUGGUGGAAAACUGGCUCUUUCUUUCUUUGCCACCGCAUGUCAGAGACUUCCUGAGCCGCUCUUACACCCCAGGUGGUGCGCACACAGAGGAGCAUUCCAGGCCCGAGUCUGACAGUUUUCCCUACUUCUCUCCUACACAGUGGAGCUUCUCUUCUGCUCUGGAAUCACAGAUAUAAGGACAACAGCUAUCAGACUGGUGACAUAAUAAAAUAAAAGCACUGAUGGAGUUUCUUACAAUUUAGAAGGUUGUUCUUCAACUACUGCAUCAGGCAAAUUCUUCACCAAUCUGCCCUUAUUGUCCAUUUUGUUUUUAGAAAAUGCAGAACUAACAGAUGGACUGCUUUGUAUUGCAUUGAAAAAUAUUUCUGGAAUAUUUUUGAAUAAGAACAUCUGUGAUGAACGCAUAAAUUGUGAGUUAAAAUCGAAUGAGUGUGGACAUCUCCAUUAAUAUAUUUAAAUAACACUACUUGUCAUUCUGUAUUUGUAGUUUUCCUAUUAAAGAAUGUGAGAUUUUAUAGAUGACAGAGCAAUAAAAUGUAUUCUUUUGUAAAGAUUUCUGCAGAUCUGCAGAUACUUCCUGAUUGCUUCCUGUAUAAAAGUAUUCUUCAAAGUAUUAUGAAAGCUGAGACCUGAUGCCAGUGUAUCCAUGUUGGAUAGUUGGAAAUACUGAUACUUCUCGUUAUUAAUACAGUUACCGUAUUAUCGGCCUUUGGCGCCCCGUUUGUUAUUCGUAAUUCUGAUUUUAAUAAAAGGUU